GGUGACGUUUUUUUGUCCUAUUCGAGGGAGGAGGGAAAUUAGAAAUAUUGGGCACAUACGCACACAAUGAGUCGGGAGGAUUAACUGAUUGGUUGAUUGAUAGUGAUUCCCUCUUUUGUUGAAAGGAUUUUGUCGUUGCAUGGUUAAUCGUCAAGGAUGGGGAUGGCGAUGUUUGUUGUAAGAAGCAACGCAACGACGGUAAUGCGUAUGGACGUUAGUCAUGUCAUGUCAUAUCAUUACUUACCUAUUAUUACCUAUUACUACCUAAACCGCCUAAGCAUGAAUGAAUGGAGGAAUGGAUUAUUGAUUGAGUACGGCUGCUGGCUAGCAUCGUCGUUCGUACUGACGUACCCGCGUAUGUAUGUAUUAUCUGAUACGCUGAAUAGCAUAAGUUUCAACUGCCUUGAGUGUUAGUAGUUGUUUAAGUGGUAGAUGAGUGAAUGAACAUACCUAGUAAUAAAGAUAGGACAGGUGAUUCGGGCUUGUCGAUUCGAUUGCGUUGAUCUUGAA